GACCGCAUUAGAAUGGCUUAAAAAGUUGGGGUGGAGUUAUAAGGAAUGGAAAAAGGAUGUAUAUGUAGAUGGGCAUAAACGGGAGGAUGUGGUACGGUAUCAACAAGAGGUUUUUUUACCCAUGAUGGCUGAGUUAGAACCUCUUAUUAUUGAAUAUUAUGAAAAUGAUUUAACAAAAUUAGUUAAAAAAAAUAUUCCUCUUAAUCAAAAGCCGCAUUGUGUAGUAACACAUGAUGAGACAACAUUAGCCGCUAAUGAUGAUAAAAAAACUGGAUGGGGGCCUGAAGGCGAACAAAAAUUACGUCCAAAGGGACGAGGCAGAUGUAUUCAUGUUAGUGAAUUUUUAUGUGAACCUUUGGGGCGUGUUUAUUUAACUGUAGAGCAACAUUUAGCCCAUCCAGAAAUUCCAAAUAGAUACGUUACUGAGACUCUUGAG